UUGAGCCUGAGUUUUUGCAGUGAAUGAUAAUUUCAUCAUAAUUUCUGUUCAUGUCUUUAAAAAUCUAGCAAGCUGUUUGGGCCAAAUGUUGCUUUUUUCUCUCGCUCUAGCCCUCUUCUUUUACAGUACCCAUCACCCUCCCUGUCAAAUCAAACCUCUCUGAGUCUGCAUUCAUCCUGCUGCACACCUCCUCCUCCUUUUCUUACUUGCUUGGAAAAAUAAUGCCAUCGACAGGCCAGGGAGGGCUCACCCAAUGAAAAGGAGGGAGUGCCGCACCAUGGGAGCUGAUUGGCUGGCCUGGCCCUAAGCAGAGUAGGAGAGAGCCUGCAGCUCUGGGAUUAGAGGUGGUUCUUAUGCAUGCUGAAUUGUGUUUCUUCGGUGCAGGAGGCCUUGCUGUGCUCUCACCUUCCCCGGGAGGAUCCAGACAGAUCAGCAGUGACUCCAGAUUAACCCAUUUUCUCACUCACUCUCUGAUGAUAUAGGCCUGUCUGCAGAUCUGUCCAUCCACAAUGGUUGUUCCUGAAUCUCAGGACAAAAUGUACUACCCUCCUGAUGACCUGAAGAGGGAUGCCCAUGUGCCAGAUUUUAACUCCUAUCUGGCCCUAUACAGGAAAUCUCUUGAGAAUCCAGAAGCUUUCUGGAAGGAGAUUGCUGGCCAGUUCUUUUGGAAGAAGCCAGCAACAGGACCAAUGAUGCAACACAACUUCGAUGUUACAAAGGGGAACAUUUAUGUCAAAUGCAUGGAAGGGGCCAAAACCAACAUGUGCUAUAAUGUCCUGGACAGGCUUGUGAAGGAGAAGAAACUGGGAGACAAGGUUGCCUAUUACUGGGAGGGGAACUCACCGGACCACCACAUGGUCAUCACGUACGGCCAGCUGCUGGGCCAGGUGUGCCGCUGUGCUAAUGUCCUCAAAAAGAUGGGUGUAAAAAAGGGGGACAGGGUGUCCAUUUACCUUCCCAUGAUCCCAGAGCUGGUUGUCACCAUGUUGGCCUGUGCAAGGAUAGGAGCUGUUCACUCCAUUGUGUUUGCAGGUUUCUCCUCUGAGUCUCUGUGUGAGAGGAUCAUGGAUGCACAGAGCUGCAUCCUGGUGACAGCAGAUGGCGUUUAUAGAGGAGAGAAGCUGAUCAACCUGAAACAGAUUGCAGACGAGGCUCUGGAGAAGUGCAGAGAAAAAGCAUCAUCCAGUGUCACUAAAUGCCUCGUUGUAAAGCACCAAGCACUGAGGACGAGAAGCGGAGCUGCAUGCAACAAACUACAGACCCCCUGGGACUGCGAGUGCGAUUUGUGGUGGGACGAGGCGAUGAGAGACUCUGCUGAAGAGUGUGAGCCUGAGUGGCUGGAUGCUGAGGACCCCCUGUUUAUCCUCUAUACCAGCGGUUCCACAGGCAAACCUAAGGGUGUUCUCCACACUGUUGCUGGGUAUCUGCUCUACACAUCUCUGACCUUCAAGUACGUUUUCGAUCAUCACCAUGACGACGUGUACUGGUGCACGGCAGACAUCGGCUGGAUCACGGGCCACUCCUACGUCACUUACGGCCCUCUUGCAAAUGGUGCAACAAGCGUCCUGUUUGAAGGCAUUCCGGUCCACCCUCAUGUUGGACGCUUCUGGGAAGUCAUCGAAAAAUACAAAGUGACCAAGUUCUACACAGCUCCUACUGCAAUCCGCCUGCUGAUGAAGUAUGGACGGGAGCCUCUUCAGAAGUACGACCUCUCCAGCUUGAGGAUUCUGGGUACUGUAGGUGAGCCCAUAAACCCGGAGGCGUGGCAGUGGUACCACGAAGCUGUCGGUCAGGGCAGGUGUCCCAUCGUCGACACUUUCUGGCAGACAGAGACUGGAGGCCACGUCUUGACUCCUCUGCCAGCUGCCACACCUCUAAAACCCGGCUCUGCUACCUUUCCUUUCUUCGGGGUGGAGCCCACAAUCCUCAACGAACACGGAGAGGAGCUGGAGGGAGAGGCCGAGGGUUAUCUUGUCUUCAGGAGGCCCUGGCCUGGAAUUAUGAGAACUGUGUACAAAAACCAUGAACGCUUCGAGAACACCUACUUCAAGAAAUUCCCUGGCUUCUAUGUGACUGGUGAUGGCUGCAGGCGAGACAAAGACGGAUAUUACUGGAUCACAGGGAGAAUAGACGACAUGCUGAAUGUGUCAGGCCAUCUGAUGAGCACAGCAGAGGUAGAGUCAGCUCUGACGGAGCACCCAGCCGUGGCGGAGGCUGCGGUGGUGAGUCGGCCACACAAGGUGAAGGGCGAGUGUCUGUACUGCUUCGUCACCCUCAAAGACAGCCGGGAGUUUAACCACAUGAUGGUGGAGGAGCUCAAGAGACUGGUGAGAGAGAAAAUUGGCCCCAUUGCCACCCCAGACUUCAUUCAAAAUGCUCCAGCACUUCCAAAAACUCGCUCAGGGAAAAUCAUGAGACGAAUCCUCCGGCAGAUCGCUCGAAACGAGAAGGACCUGGGUGACCUUUCAACACUUGCUGACCCCAAGGUGGUGGAGGUGCUUUUUAGUCAGAGAUGUGAAGCUGCAGCCUGAAAGGAUGCCUCCUCCUCCUCUAUACAGUAUCUCUCUUGUGCUAUGCAUCGGUACUGAUGAAGACAAUCACAAACUGCUGGCUCAGCUCCGGAUUGGGGUUUUUGAGCUCUCUUUGGGACUAAAAAGAGACAGGAAUCGAAAAUUAACAAGACAUUGACAUGAUUUAAAAAUAGUGUUUUAUUUUAUCAGUGGUGCUUUUAUGUAAAUAUGCAGUUUUUGGGCUGUUUUCCUUUAAAUUUGGGCUGAAAUGUUAAACUACACAAAGAUUUACUAUGUUUUAUAUUUUCUUAAAAGUCUUUUAGCUCUCUUAGCUCAUUUUUUGGUAAAAGGGAAUGGAUCUUUUGGAGGAAAAAUCAGCAUU